UAUUCUCAGCUAAGUUAAAAAAACAAAGGGGGUGCUAAUAAUUUUCACAAAAUAAAUACAUACAAACAAAAAUUUUUUCCAUCAAAAUUCUUUUUUUCCAGAAGUAUCAGAGAGCAAUAAACAAGCUCUAAAUUUCAAAGUUAUCAUUUAAAACCCUUAACAAAAAUGAAUUCUAAUAUCUCCUCGUCUUCUAUGGCUCAAGAUUAAGCUUCUUUAAUGAAGAAGAAAAAAGCCAUAGCUACUCAAAAGACACGUCUUUCAGUACCAGCUUUCCUUUUAAAAACUUAUGAAAUGAUAGAAAAUAAAGAUUAUCAAGACAUCGUCUGCUGGAAUAACGAUGGCCAAUCUUUCGUAAUUAAAAAUAUAAAUGAGUUUUCUGAGAAAGUACUUUCAAACUACUUCAAACAUAAUAACUUUGCUUCUUUUGUUCGUUAAUUGAACAUGUAUGACUUCCAUAAAAUAAGAAAUGAAAAUAAUGAAACGGAAUUUCGUCAUAGGCUCUUCUAGAAAGGAAACAAGAAUAUGCUUAUCGAUAUUAAGAGAAAAAGUGGUGAUAAUGCUCAAGAAGAUUAAUCUGAAUAAGGUUAAAUGUCCUCAAUUGAUAUGAUGGAGAUGGAGAGAAUAAAGAAAGACUAUAACCUCUUCCUCUCUGAAGUGAUGAAUAUCAAACAAAAAUAUACAGAAUAAGAAAGAAUUAUGCAUCAGAUGGCUGCAAGUAUUGAAAGAGUAUACUCAGAAAAGCAGGCUUUACAACAAGAAUUUUAAAAAUUCAAAGAAGAACAGUAGUUAACAAAUGAUAAACUUUAUUAUUUAUAAUCUUACCUUCUUAUGGGAACUGAUUAGCUUUAAGGAGUUUAUCAGCAAACUCAAGACUCAGCUUUAAGCAACCUAUCAAAAAAAAUGCAAUAAAAUAAUAAUAAUAAUAAUAAUUUUUAAUUUUCUAAUGGAAAUAAUAAUUUAUCACAUAUGAGUACAAACUCAAGUUUCUGUAAUAGCAACGAAAACAACAAUAACAAUAAUAGCAACAACAACAAUAAUAAUAAUAUAAGUAAAAAUCUCUCUUAAUUGCUUGGACAGGGAAAUAGCUUUGGACAAUAUGGAAACAAUAAUUUAGGAAACGGAAAUAACAUUUUAAAUAAUAACCCAGAAUAAUAUGGAUAAAACAAAUAAAACAAUUUAAGUUCCUCUUAUCACUCAUUAGCUGGAGAAAAUGAAAGUGUCCAUAGUUAAAGCAAUGCAAAUAUGGAGCAUAAAAUUUCUAAAAAGCAAGAUUGGUCUUCUGUUUCAUAACUUAAUAAAGACGGCGAAAAUAUUCCAAUCUGCCCUCUUCCUUUUGUAUAAAAGAAAAAAGAGAGAAGUUAAUUGUGUGAAAAAUAAAUAAAUAAUCUUGUGAAUGUAUUUAAGAAUGUUGAUUUGAAAAAUAUUUAAAAACCUGAUAUAUUUAAUAAUUAUCUACGUGAUGUUUUCUAAAGCGGAAAAAGUACUAUUUCAGAAGAAGCUAUAAACCAGUAUACUUUAGGAAGUCAAGCAAAAAGGAUGUUCUAAACUAAUUAAAGUAAUGCUGGUAGACAAAAUCUUUCAAUGUUUGAGGGUAAUCCUUUAAAAAGAAUAUGUGGAAAUAAUAACUUGAAUUUACCGCUUGGAAUUACAGACGGAUCUGAAAAAUCUGAAGUUAGCCUUGCUUAAGGAUUAAGCUUAUUUUAAAAUUCUUAAUUAGGAGGAAUAAGUAAUGGAGGAAGUCAGAAGUAAAUUUAGUUGUAAUUGCAAACAAGUUUUAACAAUGGUGGUAAUAAUAAUGGCACUAGUGGUAACUCUCAAGGAGGAUAAGGAUAGACUGGCUUAUUUAGUCCGUCCUAUUUUAAUUAAGGUGAGUCAUCUCCAAGAAUACCUUUCAAUCUUUAUCCUAGUCCAAAUCCCAACAGUGGAAAUAAUGGUAAUGGAUUUGGUAACAAUUUUUAAGGCAAUAAUGCUUCAGGCCUUCAAAACUUCUUAACAUCCCCUUCUCCUAAUAUGAGUCCUCUUUUAUUACGUGAUAUGGAAGAGUUUAUUAGCUAAACUAAUGCAAAUUAAACUUUAUCUUAUGGUAAUAACUAGAAUAAUGGUGGCGUCUCUAAUAAUGGAAAUAAUAUUGAUAUAAACAAAAGAUUAGCAUAAGAUCUUUUAACUAGCUUUAAAACCGAGGCAAAGCAAGAAAACAAAUAUUACUGA